AGACUUGUGGAUAACAUGUUGGACCACCUUCCUGUCACAUGUCCGCUACAGUAGGAUCAUAUGACUUCAGUCGAUGAAAAUGAAAGCUGGGUGCAGCCAGCUGAAAUCUGUAGUGCUUAUUUUUAUCUUUAAUUUAUGUUUUUACGCAAGUUAUCAACUGACUGAGCUGCAGGUAUGUGAGCUCUGCAACGGUAGAGUCCUAAACGGCACCGCAGUGGGCCAGUUUUGCUCCUCGUCCGCUGGUCGGAUAGACGGGCGCUGCUGCUUGAGAAAUGACAACACAAGUAACCCUGAACACAUCAUCGGGUUGGAUCUGUCCAAUUGUUCACUAACUCAUGUGGAGGAUCUUCAGGGAGCAUCAACAGCUUUAAUGAUAGACCUCUCACUAAAUCCUAUUGUCAACAUCAGCGACACAGCAUUUCAAGGAUUUAUUGAGUUAAAUUACAUCAUUUUGCCACAAGACAUAGUUUGUCCAGGCGGCAACACUUCUUGGGGAAAGGUGGAGGUCAAAGAGGGAAAUCGUCUUUGUGAAGGCCAGAAAGAUAUGUGCAACCAAACUGGACAGCUGUCCAUUAACUGCCCGGAGAACUCCCUCUGCGCCCCCUACGGCCCUGGCUUCUCCGAGUGCAGCUGUGCUGACAACUAUCAUGGAUACAAGUGUCUUCGAGAGGGGGAGUUCUCAGCUCUGCAGGUGUUUGGGCCUCUUGGAGCAUCAACAGUGGUGAUCUCUUUUCUGCUGUGGGUCACCCAGAGACGUAAAGCCAAAUCAUUCUAAGCUGAGCUACUGAGCUGAAACUGAAAGGGAAAAUGCUGACACAAAGCCUGAGGUUAUCCCCAGGCUUCUUUUAAACAUUGUUUAAUUCUUAUUUUGUGUGACAGAUAUAUUUUAUCAAGGUAAAAACUGACAUUGACUUUUUUUUUUUUUAUACUGCAUCAUGAGUGCAAUUUUAGAGAGAAAAUCAUUUCAACAAGUUUUAAAUUUUUAUUUUUUUGGCAAUAAUACCAGUUACCAUUUUAAUUCUUUUUUGACAGUAGUUGUCCGAUCCGGUGUAGUUGACCGACACAAGAUACUAAUGAAGAGGUUGUGCUGAAGAAAGUUAACUGUGCCAAACAUGCACUGAAUGUGUACAGGUUUACACGAUGGAAUGAAGUCAGGUUCACUCUAUGAAUCAUGAUGUGAACCAUCAGUUUGUCUGUUAAGUUAGAU